AGAUGCAACACUACAGAAACAAGGAUUGGGCUACAAUGGUUCCGACAUGACAAACAGCCUCUGCUGUCCUGCCCUGCACCGAUAUCUGACAUCGACCGGUGAUUAAUGUACUGAUGGGGACUGGCGAGUAAUUCUGCAGUCAUUUAGAUCAGCUCAGCCCGAUUAUCAUUCAUCAGUGUCAGAGCAUUUGAACCUCAGACAGUAUGAGAGGGCUGUAGAUGUUUCAGUAGCCUGGUAGCUAGCUCACCUGUUUGUGAUGGAGAACACCGAGGAGGAGUCUGCGCCCAUCCGGAUCACCCCGACGGUCCGGGCUCUGAGCUCCGCACUGCGAGGGAAACGGGACCAUGUACCCGAGUCCAGCCGGGAACACGGGGACAGGGUCUUUCCUGACCCGGAGAAGCUUUGGUUCAAAGAGAGUAGCGCUAAAAACCUGCGGAACCGGGACUUCUUGUCUCCGACCACGAUGCUCAACACGCUGUAUGCGGACGGACAGGUCCCUCCAGCGGUGAUGUCCAGGGUCCUGUCCCUCCGUGGCAGCGGGGUUCUCCCUGUGGCUGGUGGGGAGGUCAUGGGUGAGGGGUUGCGGGUUAGGGUGGACCGGCCCGCAGCCUUCAGGUCUGUCCUGGCGGGUGGAGCCACUGAGUACCUGAAGCCUUCAAGUCAGAAAGAAGGGUGUGUGGUGAUCAACUGCCCCGCUCUGCACCCUAAACCUCACACACUCACUCCUGAAACUCUGACUCUGGGCCAGCUGAGGACAGUUCUGUUGGCAGACCAUAUGGGGGCGCUGGUGAGAAGACAAGGAUUUGCUGUGUCCUACUGCCCCACACUUCCUGAAGACACCAACAUCAUCACCUUCCUAAGAGCUCUGGGCAUCGAUUGGCCAACAGCCCAAGCCAACUGGACCAAUGAGGAGCGGGAGGAAAAGAUGCAGACAGCACUGGAGAACUCCCCGUACAGACAAAGGGAAACAGAGAGAGGCAGGAGAACCAGUGGAGGAGGGAGGAAGGUGGAGGAGGAGAAUGAAGGAGUGCUCAGGGUCAACCUGAAACAAGCGUUCCAGGAGGAAGGUCUGCUCGGAUAUGACCCCAGCCUCGGUACCUGCACAGUUCACAGAGACAGCGUUUCCCACCUAGCGCAACUGGACCUAGCAACAGCCAACUGCGCAGUACCCAUGGCAACUGUCCUGCACGUUACUUCCUGUCAGGAUGAGUUCCGUCAGCAGCAGAUAGCAGUGCUGUGGAGAGCAAGUGGAGCUACACAUACACAGAGACAUCUGGUGUGUGGGCCCGUGAAGACUCCUGGAUGUCAGCUCACUGCUGCACAGUACCUGCAGCUGAGAAGAGGUCAGAUGAAGGAAGCCUCAGAGAUGAAGUAUGGAGAUCAAGUAGAAGGUCAGACAUGGGAUGACAUCAUCAGGGUCAUGACCUCUGCCACUGUGAGAUUCGAGCUGCUAUCAACAGUCCACACCAGUCCUGUCACACUGGACGUCCAGAAAGAAGGGGGCGUGUCCACCAAAGGGCCCAGAGGAGGCGUGUUCGUGAUGUACAACUGUGCCAGAUUGCACACUCUGUUCGACAGCUACGAGAGAGGAGUGGAGAAAGGUCUGUAUCCAGAAAUCCCUGAAGGCUCCCAGCUCGACUUCUCCGCUCUGAAAGAAGAGGGCGAGUGGCUUCUUUUGUUCAAUUAUCUCAUCCCAUUCUCCGAGCUGCUGGACCAAUCAGGACAAGCAUUAGACUGUGAAGGGGGAGGAGCCAGAGUCAAUAUUAAGACUGAACAGAUUUGUAAAUUCCUUGUGUCACUCAGCAAAGACUUCAGCUCGUACUACAACAGAGUCCAUGUGCUGGGGGAGCCUCUGCCUCAUCUCUUCAACCAGAUGUUUUGUCGACUGUAUCUCCUGAGAGCGUUGAGAGAGCUCUACCACAGCGCUCUGGACACCCUCAACCUUCCCCCCAUCAGGCAGCUAUAGCCUGCCACUUACUAUGUUAUCACCUCUCCACCUCACACACUCACAAUCACACACACACACACACACACACACACACACGCACACGCACACGCACACACACACACACACGCACACACGUUUGGUUUGUAAACGUAGCAUCAUCUUCUUAUUUUAGAUUGAAGUUUUUCCAGGUUAGACACAUUGUCACUUCUCCCUUUGAAUGUUAGAGCGGUCUGGGGCCGUUAGAAAUAAUCAUGAGAUGUUCUUUCCACAUCUUGUUGUCGCUGAUUACUGUGGCUGUUGAAGUCAGAAUAUUUGAACCUUUUUAAAAGUCAUUAAAAGUAGCUGUAAGUUAUGACAACAGGACGAUGUCUUGACUGGAAGUAUUAAUCUGGAGACUGGACUCUGCAAACAAGAACACUCUGCAGUGUCCUAGCUAACUAAAGGGUGCUCUUUUUCUACUGAAGACCUAAUUUGACAUUUCAGACUCUAUUCCAGUCAUGUGAGGAUGCUGUACAUUGAUCCUCUGUCCUAAUAACUCAAAACACUUUCCAGACAUCAGAGACUUUUGCUGUCUAUGAUUGUGGUGCCAAAUUCCCAUUUGUCCUCAAGAUAUCUCACUUAAACUCAAAUUAGACUCACUUUGUGAUUUGUGUUGUCAUUAUAAUCACAGUGUGCCCCCUGUACUUAUCACCACUAACAGUUUCUCCUCUUUAGAACACAAAAUGAAUCUUUAUCCAGAUAUGUUUUUAUUCCAACACGUCUCCUCCAGCUGUCCCGCUCCCUGUAAGUUAUGCACCAUGUAUUUAUCAGUGCCAUACAAAUAUUUAUUGUGUUUAAAAAAGAUGUGUACAGAAUAUAUAUUCUGCAUAUGAGUCUUAAUGCUGUGUUCAUAUAUUAUUCCAAGUGCUCAGACUAGUCAGUUAUCCUGCUCGACAAAUCAUCAACGCUCCAAAUCCAACGACCCGUACCUGUCGCAACAAAGGUCCAUAAGUUAUUGACAGAACCCGUGCAUUAGCAGUGUUUAAGGCAUCGUACGGUUAGGGAAUGCAUGGAACAGCAUGAUUAUAGUAUAUUAAGAGUUUAAUGCCAAAAAUGUUAUUUAUGAAUUUUUAGUAGCUGUAAGAUUUUGACCUGAUUCUGAUCCUUUAGUCUCACUGGAACUUGAAGUGUUCAGUAACCUGCGGUCUGUCCGAACGUGCCAUAGCUUCUUUUUAACCUUCACUUUAUUUUGUACGUUGAUGUUUUGUUUUUUUUCAUGUUGGAACAAAACAGUCAAAGACCUGACCUCUUAAUGCAUGAAAUGUUUGAGCCUACUUUUCUGUAAAGGGAAUCCGUGUUUACAUGUUUACAUCAUGCAGAUCUAUGUUCAGCCUCGUUACCUGCCGUUAUCACCUCUGUGUUGAACUCUGACAGACUUUUCUUUCCUUCCUUUCUUCCACUGCUCCCUGCCUCGCUGUGUGUUAACAGAUGUGCUCCACAUAACAUACAAUACCUUCUCUUGGUGUGUCUCUCUUCUGCCAUGGUUUCACCCCUCAGGCCUCAACAUCUCUGACCUUCUUCUCCCAUCUCUCUCAGUCUUUUCUUCCUGGUUGCCAUCCUCAUUGAAAUCUGCCCCCCAUUGUGGAUGGUAUUAUAUUCUCUGACACAGAGACGCAGAGCCAAAGCUUGUCUGUUCUUAUUUUAGAGCCGUGGGGUUUGGAAAAUCCUGAUGUGAGGCAGUCUGAGCAGAAAUGUGUAAAGGGGAAAAUAAAAUCAUAAAUCUGAAACAGCAGGAGUAAAGACCAGCUUGUUUUUUUGGGACAUUCCUUUCCAUUCUGAAAAGUCUCCUCACGUAUGUCUCUGACCCUUCAGUGUGCUCGCUCCUGUAAACAUGCAGUGAAUAAUACUGUCAAUCUGUCUCCUCCACAUCCAUCUGUUGACACUUUCUGUGUGUCUCCUGUCUGCAGAAAUAAAAGAACCAUGACAGACUC